GGGAGCAACAGUGGUUCGUCGGACGUGGUUGGGAGAGGACGUGUGCGUGUCGUAUCCCGCUGCCUCCUCGCCUACUGCUGGUCUGUGGAGUUCGUCACCGAGACCACACGCCAGUGACCCCGCCCAUCUGCAUCGCCCACCUGCCCGCCCCUCCCUCGGGAAAUAAUCUGGAGUGAGUACGAGACAGAGAAAAAGUGUUCAGCUUCUCUACUGCUGGAGGUGAAGGAAGAGAGAAAGAGAGAGAAAAAAGAUAAAUAAAAACAACAAAGCCAUGAAAAGCGAAGAAACACAAAUAAACAUCAGGUAAAUAAAAAUAAAAACAAAAAAAUACAUACACAAAUAUAUAUACACCAGAAAAAAAAAACUGUAAAUGGAAAAUAUACAAGUGCGUACGAUGAAAUGAAAUAAUAGUGCUGUGAUUUUAGAAGAGGAAAGGAAAAGGAAAAAAGUUUGUGAGAAAGGCAAAGAUCUGAAGACAGUAUUUCCACACAUUCUCCCUCGGACAGAAGAAGGACUGUAGGCACGGACUGUACACGGACACCAGGCCAAGGACGGUGACGGAACAGUGGAAACAGACAAAGUGAAAACAAAGACAAAAAUAAUACAGUAAAAAAAAAAAAGUUCACAUAAAACAAAGAAGCAAGUAUAAAAACAAAUGACAGUUUGAUUUUAAAAAGAAAAGCAUUGCAUGAAAGAGGAAAGAAAGAAGAGAAGCUGUGAAAAUAAAUCCUAACGAAAUACAACAACAAACUAAUAAGUAGACGAAUACAUACAUGAAUAAUUAGAUAAAUAUUACAUAUGUUUCAACUGAAGGUAUAUAAGCAAAAAUUAAUUAGAUUUUAAGAUAAGCUAAUAAAUUCAUACAUACAUAUAAACUGAUGAAUAGGGAGGGUUAGUAAGUAAAUAAAUAAAUGAAUAAAUACAUUCUCAGUUUUGGUUCCUAGUAUAUUAGAGUAAAUAAUAAUUGUACAGAGUAGUGGUAGAUUAACAGGAAAAGAAAAUAGAGGAAAAAACUAUUGUAAGCGGAAAAGAAAGAAAAAAUGCACCUGAUGUUUGAUUCCAAAAAAGAGGGAAAGAUAACAAACAGGACUAGAGCGUUAUUAUAAAACGAGAGAAAAAAAAAGGGGGAAAAAAUAAAUUCAGGUAUUUCCGGGAUGCAUAACACAAAGUGAAAAUUCAAGAAAAAAAUAGAUAUAAUACGAAGAAAGAGAGAAAACCGCUGCAAAAAAAAAAAAAAAUAGUAAUAAUAAUAAUAAUAAUAAUAACAAUAACAAUAAAAUAUAGCAUAAAAUAUUGAAAGUGACCUCCAGCUGAACCUUAGUGACCUGUGUGACCUUAGCGGAACCCCCAAGAGACCCUUAAAGAGACAUAAAUGUCAUUUCUUAAGUGACUGACGUAGCAAUCCAUGAAGUGACUUGUGAGGUGACUCUGAAGACAAGUAACCUGUGAAGAUUACCGUGACCUCUACAGUGACAUAUUGAAGUGUCCCUCUAGUGACCGCUCAAGUGACGGUGAACUGACCUACAAGCAACUUAUGGAAAUACACGUGACUUCGACAGUGACAGCUUAAAUGUUCCUGAAGUGACCUCUAAAGUGACGGUGAAGUGAAUUCUCAAGUUAUUUAUAAAGAAAAAAAAAAAGUGACCCACAAAAAGUGACUUCGAAGUGCCGUCUAGAAUAACCCUUGAAAAAUCGUUGCAAAAUCAUCCUUAAAGUGUUCCCUUUAAAUCAUCCCCUAAUAAAGUGACCUCGGGAGUGACCACGAAAAGUGACCCCCGAAAAGACCUUAAAACUAACCUUCCUCCCAAAAAAUUACUUCUAAAGUGACUGUAAAGUGACCCUAAAGUCAUCUCGAAGUGCCCCUAAAGUGACCCUGAAGCAAGCCUGAAGUGACCCUGAUGUAAUUCUUAAAGUGACCGUGAAGUGACCCUAAAGUGACAGUGAAGUGAUCGUGAGGUGACCCUGAAGUGAUCUUAAAGUGACCCUGAAGUGACCCUGAGGUGACCCUGAAGUGAUCUUAAAGUGACCCUGAAGUGACCCUGAAGUGAUCUUAAAGUGACCCUGAAGUGACCCUGAGGUGACCCUGAAGUGAGCGUAAAGUGGUCCUGAAGUGACCCUGAAGUGAUCUGCCGUCGCGAUGAGCCAGCUGAUACCAACCCUCAUUCUCACCUGCUUCCUCGCCAGUCUGUUACGGCAAGGGUGCCGCGGGGAGGGCGAGGGCGUGGGGUGUCCGCCCCCCACCCACACCUUCAACAUGUCAGUGCUGCCUGUCGCCGACCCUACAGAUCAGGUGCAGGAGGUUAUGUUCAUGGGCGUGGUUGGUCCCUACGACGAGAAGCGAGUCUGCAAGAUUAAGUGUGUCUCGGGUCGAUGGGUGGGCCCCCUCUGUUCCCUGGAGCACGACUCCAGCCGCUUCCAGUCCAUGUUUCGACCGUGCACCCUGCAAAGCCUGGGCAAAAAUACGCUGCUUACUUACCGCGGCAGGAAGAUUACGCCGUCCCCGGAGUUGGAGUUUCCCCACGGGUCGGAGUUGUCUGCUCGCUGUGACAGGCCAGGCAAGUUUAAACUGCUGGGGGACUCGACUCUCACCUGUACCAACGCAAAGUGGACUGGCAGGUUCCCCGUCUGCAUCCGAACCAACUACUACUCCAACUACUCCGUGGACGCCCCGCCCGCCCUGGACUGGUGGCUGGCGGGAGGCAAGGGCCGCGUCAAUGCUUCUGGGGACCUCAUACUUCUGCCUGGCUCCAUUCUGCACCUGGACUGCCUCUUCCCGCGCCUGCACGGCAACCCUACCUGGACCUGGACCUCCAGCUACCGCCAGUACCCGACAGGCUGGGCCAUCCAAAGGCGUGCGAGGGAGCUGCGGUACCGUCUCUCCCUCUACUACGCCAAGCCUGAGGACACUGGAACCUUCACCUGCACCGCCCCGUCAGGACACGAUAACCACCUGUCUAUUACUGUCAAAGACGUGACUUGCCCGCCGGUGGUGGGGGAGGAGCCGCUGCAGGUGCAUGGAGACAGCGUCACCCUGGGAGCGGCGCUUACCUUCUCGUGCCCCGAGGGUUACAGCUUGCGCGGCACAGAUAAAAUCACGUGCCUCCCCUCAGGAGAGUGGGGCAGCCCUGUCCCAUGGUGCCAGGUGGUGCACUGCCCCGUACUGGUCGCGGAGGAACCGAGCCUACAACUACAGUCAGCCAACACGAGCUACCAGGGCGCGGCAGUGUUCAGCUGCCUGUCAGGCUUCCGGCUAUCGGGUCGAUCCGUCCUGCACUGCACCGCCAACGGGACCUGGUCUGAGCCUGUCCCCACCUGUCACGAGGUGCUAUGCCCAGCCGUUCAGGCGCCGCAGCAUGGCCAGGUGACAGGUGCAGCCACGCGGCGUGUGGGCGAGGCUAUCACCUUCACCUGCACCCCAGGCUUCGUCGUCCGCGGCCACGCCCUCGCCUUCUGUACCCACGAUGGCGUCUGGUCCCACCCUGCGCCCCAGUGCGUGAGGUCGUGUGCUCACCCGGGAGAGCCUGAACAUGGCCGCGUGUCACCUCGUCGUCCUCGCUACCACGUGGGCGCCACCCUGCUGGUCACCUGUCGUCCGGGGUACCGUCCUGCGGGGCCUGACCGCAUCACUUGUCUGCACACUCGCCGCUGGUCUGCCCCGCUCACCCGGUGUGUCCCUGCCAUCGGCUGAGGCUCCCACUCACAGACGCUCCAAUACGUCUCUAUACACCUCGCCGCCGUCUCAUUCCUGCAGGUCCACCCCGCGUGGCCCGGAACUCUGCCGCGCUAAUCUGAAGUCAUCAAGUAGAGGGAGCCGGGCCGGGGUGUCCGUCGUGCAUCUGGCGUGGCUAGGAGGAGCGAGGUAGCUGAGUUGUGUGUACAUAGUCUUGACUCCUUGAUGCCUCUCCCUGUGUGUACAUACGUGUGUGGUGUUGUUGUGGUCGUUGUUCAUCCCUGUGUGUGUGUGUGUGUGUGUGUGUGUGUGUGUGUGUGUGUGUGUGUGUGUGUGUGUUUGGUUGGUUGGUUGGUUGGUUGGGUGAUUGUGUACAUAUAACCAUCUUUGUUGUGAGUUUCAAGAAGCGCGCUCUUCCCAUCCCUGCCCACAGCCGCCACUCUUUCUCGGCGUCUAAAAAUAUCAGCUUCACAGGAAAUGCGAGGAGUAUUACACGAGCUGCAUAACUUAGCGUCAACAUUAAAGAGGAAUUUGCUUCUUCCCACAGAAAAUGCCAGCAUCGAAAUGUUUAAAGCACAAUUAAUGCAAAUACUGAGAAGAUGCACACACACACACACACACACACACACACACACACACACACACACACACACACACACAUUUAUCAUAGAAAUUAAUAUUUGUAUUGUGGCCUCAGCAGUGCCAAAAAUUAUGAAGGAUUUGGUAUUUGAUGAAAGAAAGCAAAAAUGAGACCAGUAACAGAAAAAAAAAAUAAUAAUUGCCUUUUGUAACAAUAGAAAAUGGAAUGAAUGGAAAAAUAAAUAGGAAAAUAACCAAAACUUAAGUGUGGUAGCAGAGUGGUGAGGACUUGUGCAAAACAUGUACAUAUCGCGACUCAUAUCAAACGUAGCCUCAACGACCUUGUUUGGGAGGGUCAGUCCUGCCACCCUCACCCUCCCUCUUAGAGCUCGCCUUGCUCACACCAGGUCAUCCACACUCCCUUGUAAACCUUGUACUGCAGGUAUAUAAUAAAUAUUUGUAUUUGUG